UCCGCAGUCCGCUUUCUCUCACGCCGGGUCGGGCUCGGUUCGGGACCAUGGAGGAGCCUGAGAUGCAGCUAAAAGUGAAAAAAGUGACAGACAAGUUUACAGAGAGCAUGAAUGUCCUGGCCAAUGAACCUUCUGUUGCGUUGUAUCGGCUUCAAGAGCAUGUCAGGCGGUCUCUCCCAGAACUGGCUGAACAUAAAGCUGACAUGCAGAGCUGGGAAGAACAGAGUCAAGGAGCCAUUUACACCGUAGAAUAUGCCUGCAGUGCCAUCAAGAAUAUGAAGGACAGUAGCAUGUAUUUCAAGAACAUCGAAGGGCUCCUCAACCACGCCAUUACCAUAAAACAUCGGUUGAAUUCUGCCCGAAGGUAGCUCUGGAGAUCUGGAUACAGGAAAACUUCAUGGCCACCCUCCCCAUUUAUGGAGAGGAGCUUCAGAUGCCAGGAGGAAGCCACUCUGCACCAGCGCAACCAAGACAAGUGUAUAUUAAGCAGUCUCCAGGUUUAAUCCUUUUUUAACAUUGCUAAUUAUUGUUAAUUUAAAAAACAGCACAAUAAGCAGAGAACAUAUGUUAGCAACACUCAGUGUCCAAGGAAGAAACACUGCAGGCAAGAGCUUUUCUGCAGUGUAAUGUGCUUGUACACGUUGGGCAGGAUUUGCUUUGUAGAGGCAGUGGGUAGGGAGAGAAGAAUACAUGAAAGUCCGUUAUAUUGAGUUAGACUAUUGGUCCACGUAGCUCAUGAUUGGUAGCAGGCUGGCUACAACUCUCCAGAGCAGUGUUUUUCAACCUUGGCCAUUUUAAGAUGGGUGGACUUCAACUCCCAGA